GGUCUCCGGAAGGAGGUCGAGGAUGCCGGGGAGGAGGGAGCGGAGGAUCUCCGGUGAGCGGCAGCGAGGUAUCUAGGAGAUUUAUAUGCCGGGGAUGUUAGAUACUGAGUAUUCAGACAAGUUUCAGUUUCGUCAGUUAUAUGAAGUUAUCGAGCAGCUACAGCCGGAAGAAGCCGGCGAGGAACGACAACGCUUCAUCGACUUCAUUUACUGUGGGAGCAAAGCAGCUGGUGUCCGUUGAUGAGGAAUCCGACGACAACUGUCAAAUUACUUUCUUACCGCGCGUUUAAGCUUGUAACUUGAGACUUAAGUACUUAAACCUGCUUUAAUACUCGUGCUAAUGUAAGCAAGCUGUAAUCGCACUUUUGGGAGGCAAGCAUAUAAGCCUCUGGAUGAAUGGGAGAAAGCAAGACGAAUUUGGUUAUCUCUAGUAUAUUCUUAUGGUAGUUAGGGUUCCUGGUAGUUUAUUUCCCCAUUUUUUUUAUGUGAUUCCGAUUGAUUUCUUCCUGUUCGUUCUCUGGCGAAAUUCCUGUUGGACUCCGAUCAUUCAGGGUCUGACAGGGGAGGAGGAGGGAGCGGGCGACCGGUUAGCUGCGGAGCUCCAGCGAGCGACGGCGAGGUGAGGGGAGGAGCAGCUCCUGCGAACCUGUCUUUUCCAACUACCAGGCUAGGAGUCUUUCGUGGCCGUCCGAUGCGGCUCAUGCGAUCCAGAUUGAAGAACAUUUGGGGAACUGGAGGACAUUUUCACAGAAAUUGGAUGGCGAAGAAUAAUCGCGAUCUAAGACUUGUUGACCGCUCGAUCAACUAUAGGCGGCCGUGAUCGAGUUAGGGGAGGGACAAGGUUUUUUUUCGUAAGGACCCUCGAGUCACUUCAUUUUACAGUUAUCUCCACGGCUCCCCUUCCUAUCGCUUCGGAGCAGCGAAAGCUCCGGCGAGCGGCGGCGGCGGCGGCGGCGGCGGAAGCGAAGAUCGAGCGAGCAACCUAUCGCCGUCGAUUCGAAUCACAAGUAGAAGCAAGGGCUAGCGGAGGGGAACCCAACGGAAGCCUCAAGCUAACCUCAGAGCUGAUCAAUUGAGCGUCCGCCAGCCGCAAUGCUCUCGCGCGUCAUUGCCAUCCGCCGCCGCGCUGCGGCGGCGUUCUCCACCGUCUCGGCGAAGACGGAGACGGGUCUGUACGGCUUUGACGUGCUGCGCACGGCGAAGGGGUUCCGCCGUUUUGUCGACGACGCCAUCCAGCGGUCGGACGAGCUCGUCGCGUACGUGGCGCGGCUGCCGCCGUCCGCCGAGAUUAUCCGCGCCAUGGACGAGAUUUCCAAUACCGUUUGCUUGGUCAUCGAUUCGGCGGAGCUGUGCAGGAACACGCACCCAGAUAGGGAUUUUGUUGAAGAGGCAGAUAAGGCAUCGAUGAGGAUUUAUGAGCAUCUUCAUUACCUGAAUACCAACACUACUUUGUACAAUGCUAUACUGAAAGCUGAGGUUGAAAGUGUCCUGCUCACGGAGGAAGCUCAAAGAGCAGCAACUACCUUGCGUGUUGACUUUGAAAAAGGAGGGAUUCAUCUUCCUAAAGAUAAACUUGAGCAUGCUAAUCAGCUGAACAUCGAGGUUGCCCAGCUGGGUAGAAAGUUCAACGAAAAUGUUAUGAACAAACCAGGUUUUGUGGAUUUAUAUCCAGCUUCACGGAUUCCAAGAAACAUGCAGCAUCAUUUCAAGCCCGUUUACCGAUUUGAGAAGCAAAGCAAUCAGAUUAACACUGCAAGGCAAAAGGGUAUAAGGAUUGUAACAGACUCAGGAAAUCUAUCAUCAGCACUGAGAUGCAUUUCUGAUGAGGAAGUCAGGAAACAGGUAUACAUUGUUGGGAACUCUGAACCUCGCGAAAAUAUUGGUGUCCUUAACGAACUUAUAGAUGCUCGUUAUGAGUUUGCAAAGACUAUGGGAUGCAAAUCAUAUGCCGACUUCGCUAUUCGUCCUAAUAUGGCUGCAUCAGCUGAUGUGGUUAUGUCGUUUCUCAGAGAUUUGAGCAACAUUGUUAGGCAUAAAGCUGAUGAGGAAUUUAAGAUGAUACAGGAUUUCAAGAAAAGAAUAUGUAAUGAAAAGAGUGCCGAUCUUGAACCCUGGGAUGAGGAUUACUUCAUUGGAAUGAUGAAAUCAUCUGUACAUAACCUGGAUGUUUCAGUUGUUGCAAAAUACUUUCCCUUGUCACAAUGCCUAAAAGGGCUAAAUGUGCUGGUUGAAUCAUUAUUUGGUGCCACAUUUCGUCAGAUUCCUAUGAGGGAUGGAGAAUCAUGGCAUCCAGAUGUGAUAAAGCUGUCUCUCCAUCAUCCUGAUGAGGGUGAUUUAGGAUUUAUGUAUCUUGAUCUCUACUCUAGGAAGGGUAAAUAUCCAGGAUGCGCUCAUUUCGCUAUCCAAGGGGGCCGGAGAUUAUCAGACUCAACCUACCAACUUCCAAUCAUUGCCUUAGUUUGCAACUUCUCAAGUUCUAGUGGAAUAACCGCAAGGCUUAGCCAUGGGGAUGUUGAAACUCUUUUUCAUGAGUUUGGGCACGCCCUUCAUUCUCUGCUAUCAAGAACAGAAUAUCAGCAUUUCUCUGGUACUAGGGUUGCUCUUGAUGUGGCUGAAACCCCCUCAAACCUUUUUGAAUGUUAUGCAUGGGACUACCGUGUCCUGAAGACAUUUGCUGUAGAUGAAACAACUGGAGAUGCAAUACCAGAAAAGCUGGUGAAGGCACUAAAUGCUUCUCGGAACAUGUUUCCAGCUACUGAGCUCCAGCGACAGAUCUUCUACUCUAUAAUGGACCUAACCUUGUUUGGGGAGCAAGCAUCCAAGCCUAUGGACACAAUUUCCACUGUUGCCAAUUUGAAAAGGGAGCAUACAAGUUGGAAAUAUGCAGAAGGCACACACUGGCAUACUCGGUUUACUCAUCUCAUAAACUAUGGUGCCGGCUACUAUAGCUAUCUGUAUGCUAGAUGUUUUGCCACAACUAUAUGGCAAGAAGUAUGCCAAGAAGACCCAUUGUCCCGCAGCACAGGUACUGCACUUAGGGACAAAUUCUUGCGGUAUGGAGGGUCAAAGGACCCAUCGUCCUUGCUAAAGGAUUUUUUAGGUGAUGCCAUCAUUAGAAACUCCGGCGCUGGAAUAAUCCCUGACAUUGGUUCCUUGUGUAAAGACAUUGGUUUGUGAAAUCAUCCCAUUGAGGGUGGAGACUGGGAUCAUUCCAUUUGACAUUGAGAUAGACUAAAGGGCCAAUAACUCCAACCUUAAAGCUGAGAUAGGUGGUCACGUGCUUGAUCAGUUGAUCUUUUGGGACAGAUGCGUAGGACGGCAGGAGGUAGGUGCAGAUCAAGCUGAGAUAACCAUACGGUAUUCUUGACGAGGAAUUUAACUGGUUGAGAAUUCAGGAUCCUUAACUGGAGAUUGGAUGGGUACUCUUUGGGCGUCAGUCAAUCUUUGAUUUAAACUAUUUAUGCUGCUGCAUGCUGCGACCAUGGUUUUGUGUUGUGACCUGUCAGGUGUUAUUUCAGAUGAUUGUGGCUUUUUACUCCAUUGUUCUGGGUUUUUGCCUUCGUAGUUCAUCACAUGUGUAAGAGUGCUAGUGAUACCUUGCUGUUCUCUUGGAAACAAGAAAACGAGUUUGAUUUGA